UACCUCUAAUAAUCGUUCAUAAAAACUGUACGUAACCAACCAACACAAAGACCCCACCACCCCUUCAAACUUUUGUUCCAUUGAAACUAACCAAAUUCAUUCAACAAAAAAAGACAGAGAAAAACACAAAGAAAGAGAAAAACAGAGAAAUUAAUCAUUCAUUCAUUAGAUCCAUCUAUGGCUUCCUCUUCAUGUACCAAACCAAUUUUCCCUUCACCAACUUUCUCUUCUUCACCAUCUUCACAAUCUUCAAAAACCUCUCAUCUCUCAUUCCUAAACUCCAACACUUUUGGAACCAUACCCAAAAACAUUAAACUCUCUCAUAAUUCCACCACUUCACGUAAUUCCAUUCUGGUCAACGGUGUUUUAAAAACCGCUGACCAGACAAAACAAACAACACACCCAGUUACCAACGACAGCGUCGUUGGUAACUCACAAAAACCAACAAUCCUAGUCUCCGAGAAACUCGGAGAAGCAGGACUACAAGUGUUACGAAAAUUGGGACACGUGGAAUGUGCUUAUGACUUAUCAGCGGAAGAACUUUGCAAGAAAAUUUCGAGCUGUGAUGCUUUAAUUGUACGAAGUGGUACGAAAGUUACGAGGAAAGUUUUUGAAGCAGCGAAAGGGAAAUUGAAGGUUGUUGGAAGAGCUGGUGUUGGAAUUGAUAAUGUGGAUCUUCAAGCUGCUACUGAAUUUGGUUGUCUUGUUGUUAAUGCGCCCACAGCGAAUACCAUUGCUGCUGCGGAACAUGGGAUCGCUCUCCUUGCUGCCAUGGCUCGUAAUGUUUCACAGGCUGAUGCUUCCAUCAAAGCUGGAAAAUGGCUAAGAAGCAAGUAUGUAGGAGUAUCUAUGGUUGGAAAAACAUUAGCAGUAAUGGGAUUUGGAAAAGUUGGAUCAGAAGUUGCAAGACGUGCAAAAGGUUUAGGAAUGAAUGUGAUAGCACAUGACCCUUAUGCUCCAGCUGAUAGAGCACGUGCUGUUGGUGUUGAAUUAGUUUCAUUUGAUCAAGCAAUCUCAACUGCUGAUUUCAUUUCACUUCAUAUGCCUUUAACUCCAACUACUAAUAAAGUUUUCAAUGAUAACACUUUUGCUAAGAUGAAGAAAGGUGUUCGUAUUAUUAAUGUUGCUAGAGGUGGUGUUAUUGAUGAAGAUGCUUUGGUUAAAGCUCUUGAUAGUGGAGUUGUUGCUCAGGCAGCACUUGAUGUGUUCACUGAGGAGCCUCCAUCCAAAGACAGUAAGUUAGUUCAACAUGAGAAUGUGAUUGCUACUCCUCAUCUUGGAGCCAGCACCAAAGAAGCACAGGAGGGUGUGGCUAUUGAAAUAGCAGAGGCUGUGGUUGGUGCAUUGAAUGGUGAACUUUCAGCAACUGCUGUCAAUGCUCCUAUGGUUGCUCCUGAGGUGUUAUCUGAACUGGCUCCAUAUGUUGUGCUGGCUGAGAAGCUGGGAAGGUUAGCUGUGCAGUUGGUAUCUGGAGGAAGCGGAAUCCAAUCUAUAAAAGUGGUUUACCGAUCGGCUAGAGGCCCAGACGACCUCGACACUAGACUUCUCCGAGCCAUGAUCACAAAAGGCAUCAUUGAACCAAUAUCAAACACAAUUGUCAACCUUGUAAACGCUGAUUACAUCGCGAAACAAAAAGGCCUUCGCAUAAGCGAGGAAAGAGUUGUUGUUGAUUCAUCUCCUGAGCUACCUGUUGAGUCAAUCCAGAUUCAAAUAUCAAACGUGGAGUCCAAAUUCGCGAGUGCUGUAUCGGAGAGUGGUCAGAUAAGCAUUGAUGGAAAAGUGAAAUAUGGCACACCUCACCUUAUAUGUGUCGGAUCAUUCGGCGUGGAUGUGAGUUUAGAAGGGAAUCUGAUUCUGUGCAGACAGAUAGAUCAGCCUGGAAUGAUUGGCCUUGUUGGCAACAUAUUAGGUGAACAGAAUGUGAAUGUGAGUUUUAUGAGUGUCGGAAGAACAUCUCGUCGUAAGAAAGCUAUUAUGGCUAUCGGUGUCGACGAAGAACCAAAUAAGGAGGCUCUUGAGAAUAUUGGAGGUGUGCCUGCUAUUGAGGAGUUUGUGUUUCUCAAGCUUUAGAAGUUGAUUCAUAAGUAAUAUAUAUAUAGGUAUUGAUUGGGGGGAAAAUUAAUGAGUCUAAUUUUGUACUCUUUAUGGAAGUAUUGUAGUAGGAAAAUGAUAGCUUAUGUUAUGAAGUAAUGGAUGGUAGAGAAUAAAUAAAACUAGCUGAAAAUAAAAUCAGCUAGUAGUGUGUGACCUCUGCUAUAAGUUUUGUAUCAUGGUUCUUUUUUGGGUAUGAAUUUUGUAUCAUGGUUUAAACUUAUGUUUUUCUAGCUUUAAAUAUGUAAACACUAUUUGUUGUUUGUCUUUUGUAAUUGAUGUUGUUUGUUA